CAACCUUUGGUUGGUAUUAAGUAAGGCCUACCCUUACUAGCUUAAUUAGCGUAGAGCGGAACCGUAUGUACUGUAGGUUAGCCGCUCUUAUCGCGCACAUUUCCCCGCAUUCCCAUGUCUUUGGUUUGAUUAGCAAGUCGAGGACGCAAGAAACGAGGUUUUCUGCUCCUAUCUCACGUACUCUCAGAUGUUAGAUACUCAAGGACCAGUAGAUUUCCUUUCUAUCUUUGUUCUCAAAGUUCGGUCACAGAUGACAGGGAGUAUCUAUACUAGGUCGUCAACCAUGCGCUUGCCCGAAGCAGAGCCAUGGGCGAGCCAACUGCCGAAUCUCGAAAUCUUAGGCUCAUCUCCCCAUAUCAGCCAGCAGUGUACCCAUAUCUCCUACCAGAGUGUAAUUUGAUAUAAAACAGCGAAUAGGUCCUGAAUAGAAGUGGCAAGAGUAGAUGCUGAAGCUCUUGUUCAUCAAGAUGGCCGCCAACCAAGAUUUAGAGACAACCACACAGGUUGCCGACGCAUCAACACUCGAUGACUUGCGCCUGUCUCCCGGAACAGUAUUCCUUUCACAUGCUAAAGACGCCCCGAUCAUUCUGCAGCCGCGGCCAUCAGAAGAUCCCAAUGAUCCUCUGAACUGGUCAAAAAUUCGGAAGACGAUCAAUUUCUCUCUUGUUUUAUUCUAUACGCUCCUCGGAUUUGCAGUCAUCACUGUCCAAACGCCUCUAUGGGCUCCCAUCAAUGAGGACCUUGGGUUUUCGUCCGUCGCUCUGACCAAUGGGUACGCUACUAACGUAGCUGCAUUGGCUGUUGGUUGUGUCUUUUUUGUCCCGUUGGCACUCAAAUACGGCCGGCGACCCGUAUAUCUAACCACCACUCUCCUUAUGUUAUUGUCAUGCAUAUGGCAGGCGAAGAUGACUACUUUAGCCGAUCUGUACCUCUCUGUUUUCCUAUCUGGCCUUGCUAGCGCCGUCAACGAGGCUUUGGUUCAAAUUACAAUUGCAGACUUGUAUUUUGUGCAUCAGCGAGGUACGAUGAACGGGAUCUACAUUCUUUGCGUAGCAAUAGGGAACUAUCUUGCGCCAGUGGCAUCUGGCUACGUGGCAAACUCCCAAGGUUGGACGUGGUCAUUCUGGUGGCCCUGCAUAUUUUUUGGAGUUGCGAACGUGUUGAUGCUUUUCUUCUACGAAGAAACGAAGUACAUAGGACCUAUAACUGGAAUCUGCCAGGCCAACGGACCAAACCCAAGUGUACACACUGAACCAAACCUGUACGAGAAGGCAGCCAACGACAAAGAGACUUCAGUGGGUGACCCUAUACCCACCAUAUCUCACUUAGAAGAUCCCUCCGUCUACAUUAAUAGGAACAUACCUCUGAAAUCCUACAGAGAGCGACUGCCGUGGUUCGUGAACAGCCCGGGGUCUUUUGCAAGCUUUAUCCGCCACAUAUAUCAGCCUUUUCAAGUCAUGGGAUUGUUCCCUAUUGUAGCAUUUGCAUGUCUUCAAUACGGUACUGCAAUUGCCUGGCUAGCCAUUCUUGCAACAACUGAAGCUAGUCUCUUUGCGUUACCGCCUUACAACUUUAAUACUAUUGCGAUUGGAAAUCUCAAUAUUGCACCUUUCAUUGGUUUCCUCUUUGGAUCUGUGUUUGGUGGUCCAAUCAAUGAUUGGUCGAUCGUACGUCUAGCAAGACGGAACAGAGGCAUUUAUGAGCCAGAGAUGCGCCUCCGACUAUACAUCAUCCCAGUUCUAGCAAUGGCAGCCGGCCUGCUUAUGUAUGGCCUCACCCUUGCUAAGGGAGUGCAUUGGAUCCUGCCUGCCACAGGCUCAGGGAUAAUGGCUUUUGGUAUAUCCGCCAUCAUGGACUUGAACCUCAGCUAUCUAAUAGAUGCACACAUAGAAAUCCUCGGAGAUGCCUUGGUUGCAGUAACUUUUGUUCGCAACGCCAUAGCCAUGGUCAUCGUCUUCGUACUCCCUCCUUGGAUGAAUGGUAUGGGCACUUAUAAUAUGUUCGUCAUCAUGGGAGUGUUGUCGCUCACAUUUGGUUUGACCUUCAUACCCAUGAUGCUGUAUGGCAAGCGGGUGCGCAUUGCUUGCUCUAGUAGAUAUGCCAGAUACGCCCAGAAGCAAUUCAGUCCCCGCGGAGUCUAAUGCGACCAAGCAUCAAGAUGUUGACAUGUACCUCGGGUUCUAGUUUUAGCAAUAUAAUUUACUG